CUUGCCUUCGUCCCCUUCCCUUUGCCAGAUUCUCUCAGGGCCCGUCCUGAGCAGGCCCCCGGCGCAGUCUGGAUCCCGACGGGAUGAGAAGCUCCCGGGCUCCAAAGGCCUUCGGCGUCCGGGGCCUCGGCCGCCGAUCCGGACUCUGGCCCCCACGAGCGGGUCCAAAGCCGCGGGCCCUGGCUUCUCCGAGCCUUGUGGGCGGAGGGGGCGGCACUGGCCGCUCGAUCGCCUACAACGCCAUCAUGAGCGCCUGUGAGAAGGGCCUCCACUGGGCCGGCUGCCUGGAGCUGCUGCGCGAGGCGCGCGUUCGCGGGCUGCGGCCAGACGCGACCAGCUACAACACGGCGAUGCAGGCGUGCCACGGCCUCGGCGUGCUCGACGCGCUCUUCGACGAGAUGGCCGGCGAGGGCGUGCGGGCCGACCUGCAGACCUGCCGUCUGCUGGCGGCGGCCUGCGAGCGCGGCCCCGCGCUAGCCUCGGAGCUGCGCCUGCUCGGUGCUUUUGGCGGCCCCCUGCGCGCCGAGCCGGGCGACGCCAAGGGCCACCGCGGGCCCUGCGGCGCCCGGGAGCCCGCCCUGGCGGCGGCCGCGGGCGCCUCGGGCGCGGGCCGGCUGCUGGCCGCGGGCCUCGGCGCGGAGGCCCUGGAGCUGCUGCGCGCGGCGGCGGCCGGGCCGCCGCCGCGCGCGGAGGCCGCGCG